AUGCAGAAGGUAUCAGGCUGCCAAGGGCGACUGCUACAUGACGGAACGGUUUGCGCACGGGUCGUACAGAAUAGCAGCGUCAUGAGGCCUGAGUACUACCUAGUGGUCUCAAGCGUGGGCAUUGAAGGGCUCAUGUUGGGGAACGGGCUUUGGGGCUCGAUCUAUGGGUGGCCUGAAGUAUAA